CUGCGCACUGGGCACCUGGCGUUGGCGUCACGCAACGGCCCCUCUCGGGGGUAGAGAGGAGGGGGGGGGGAGUUGGAAAAAAAACAGCGAGCGGCUUGUGAGUGGGAAUGGGGCCGAAAACCGGCCUCUGUUACUGCUCCACAAAAUCUCCGGGGCUCCCUCCCCUCACUUGACCCCGUACGGCCACUAACCGGAGCUGAGGGCGACGCGACACAGGCCGGGCCGUGCACUGAGCGAUUUUGUCGCGACCGUUGAGGGAUCACCUCUGCAUGUAAGGAUGACCAAGCACUACCUGUGUGUGGAGAAAGAAGUAUGAAUGUCACUACUGUUAUAUUAAGAAAUUGGAAAGUUGCAACCUGAAUCUCCCUAGACCAAAGCAGAAUGUGGUAAAAGCAGCAUGGCUGAGGAUUGUGUUGGAUCUACCUACAGUGUGCUGUCAACAAUGCCUUCCGACUCAGAAAGUAGCAGCUCCCUCAGCAGCAUUGGUACAGGUACAUCUGGGAAAGCUGCUUCUCCUCCACCAAUGCUCAUGGAUACCAGGCAGAUGAGUGAGAAGUUAGAAGCCAUAGUAUUCCAACUUCGACAGGUCACUCGGGAAAGAGAUGAGUUACGUAAACAGCUAGCACUUUCUUCUCCUGGGUCUACAUUCGAUGAUUGCAGACCCAGCCCAAAGCCGAGCCAUGACUAUGAGAGACUGAAGAUGCAGUGCAUGAAAGCCAUGUCAGAUCUGCAGUCUCUGCAGAACCAACACACAAAAACGCUAAAGAAAUGUGAGGAGGCAGUCAAAGAAGCAGAUUUUUAUCACACCUUGCACAGCCGCCUGCGAAAUGAUCAGUCUCAACUCAAGGAAGAAAUGGAGGCCAUCAAAAGGGAGAACACCCAGUUGCUACGGGAACACAAUCAUGUUCAACAGACCUGUGAGGAGUUAAAGAGGCUCCAUGAUGAAGAUCAGAAGGAAAUCACUGAUCUACGCAGUCAGCAGCAACAAGUUAUGAGGGAAAAUGGCUCAUCUGAGAUUCUAAAUAAACUAUAUGAUACUGCCAUGGACAAAUUAGAAGGCUUAAAGAAAGAUUAUGAUGCACUAAGAAAGCGGUACAAUGAGAAGAUUGCCAAUCAUAACACUGACCUCAGCCGUCUAGAGCGGGUGGAAGAGGAAAAUCGACGUUUUCAGAAACAGAAUGAGAUGCUGAUGAAGCAAACUGAUUCUGCUGUUGUGGAGAAAACUUCAAUUCAGCAACAGUAUUUAUCUACAUUGAAGAGAUAUGACUCAAUCCAGCAUGAGUUAAGUAAGGCAACUGUACAAAACAAAGAGCUUCAGAGAGAAAUGGAACGGUUACAAACUGAGGUGACACGAUUCAAGACAUUACAGCUGAAAGCUGUAAAGGAUGCAGAGAAGUACAAGGAAGAGAGGGAUACGGUGCUGAAUGAAUACCGCCUGGUCAUGAGUGAAAGAGACCAAGUACACAAAGAAAUUGACAAGCUGCAAACUGAAUUGGAAUUGGCACAGGGUCAUCUAAAGAACACAUCAUCAGAGAGAAAAGUAGCUGGUGAAGAACUUGAAGCUCUUCGACAGGAGCUUCAUUCUGCGUUGGUAGAACGAGAUCAUGCUAUCUGUGAAAGGAAUGAACUGCUGGAGAAAUACUGCCAUGAAGUGAAGGACAAAGCAGAAGCUCAAAAGGAGCUUGAUCAGGCUUGUAAGGAUAUUGAGACUGUGAAAGAAGAGAGAGAUGUUGCUAGGAAGGAAAGAACAGAAGCUAUCAUCCAGAGAGAUCAGUUGCUGCGGGAGUACUACCAGGCCCGACAGUGUUUGAAUUUACAGAAACAAGAUUCAGCGACAUUGGACAUGGAAAGAGCCAGUAAGGAAAUCGAGAUGCUUCGGAAGCAGUGUGAGGCAAUGUCCCAGGAACUGAAGGAAGGUAUACAGGAGGCAGAAGUAGCUAAACGUAGACGAGACUGGGCAUUCCAAGAGCGAGAUAAGAUAGUUGCAGAAAGAGAGAGCAUAAGAACUUUAUGUGAUAACUUACGGCGGGAAAGAGACAGAGCAGUGAGUGACCUGGCAGAAGCUCUUCGGGAUCUAGAUGAUAUGAUGAAACAAAAGAAUGAUGCUAUACGUGAACUGAAGGAACUGAAAGAGAAAAUGGAAAACCAGCUGGAGAAAGAGGCCCGGAUUCGGCAGCUUAUGGCUCACAAUUCGCAUGAUUCAGCCAUUGACACUGAUUCCCUUGAAUGGGAGACUGAAGUAGUUGAGUUUGCAAAGGACAGGGAUGACAUGGACUUGAAGGCAUUAGGUUUUGAUGUCGCAGGAGGGGCGGAUGAGCCUUAUCUACCUGGAGACUCUGGGAUAUUCGUUAUAAAGGUAGAUAAAGGAAGUGUUGCAGAUGGAAGGUUAAGGGUGAAUGAUUGCUUACUCAGGAUAAAUGAUGUAGAUCUUACCAACAAGGACAGAAAGCAUGUCAUUAAAGCUGUACUGAAUGGUGGAGGGGUAAUUAAUAUCAUAGUUCGAAGAAGAAAGUCUCUGGGAGGCAGAGCGAUAACUCCAGUUCAUAUCAACCUUGUGGGUCACAAAGACAUUGGAAUCAGCUUGGAGACUGGAGUGUAUGUAGCUACUAUUGUUCCUGGCAGUUCUGCUGCAAGAGAAGGAUCCUUAACGGUGGGAGACAGACUGAUUACAAUAAAUGGUAUUGCACUAGAAAACAAGUCACUGACAGAAUGUGAAGCUUUGUUGCGAAAUUGCAGGGAUUCUGUCAGUCUUUCACUGAUGAAGGUGGUUCCUCAGAGUUCCUCUUGGAGUGGACAGAAUAUACUUGAAACACUAAAGGAAUCUGAGAAAUCUGGAAACUGUAAGAUUCAUGAAUCGGAAGUACAGGUUCCUAAUACCCGAAACUUGAAGCAUAACAGUUCCACACAGACUGACAUUUUCACUACAGACUCGAGCUUACUUGACAGCAAAAAUGAUAGAGCCAAUCAUGAAGGUGGCACUUAUUGUGAACAUAAGCAAUUUUCAAGCUGUCCUUUGCAGUCUAAUACACAUAGGACAGCUGAUCAUACUUGCCACAAUUUUUCAGACCACAAACCUGGCCCUUUCAGCCCAGAGCUAUUUCCUGAUCAAGGUUAUGGGAUUGCAGAACAUGAUAAAAGACGCUUCACGUUUGACCCAACAGUUACGGAUUGUGUGGUGGUGGAGACAGACGCAGAAAAUGGGCAUAAUUCUAAACACAGUGGUGGCACCUGGCCAAAAACAAUGGUGGAUGUUUCACCUUCUGAACCUGGAAAACUCUCCAUAUUCAAACUGCCAAAACAAAGGAAGCCUAUCUUCGAUCCAGAUACCUUCAAAAGGCCACAAACUCCCCCAAAGAUGGAUUAUCUCUCUCCAACACAAAAGCAGACGCAUUCUUUUCAGUCAUCAAAGAGUGAAUCUGGUUCAACACCUCCAACACCACCCAAAAGGAGUGAUUCAUUCAAAUUUAAGCACAAACAACAAGCUAGCUCUACUUCAGACUCUACAAUAAAUAGUGGGUCACCUCCGACUAGCCCCACAGGGCCUAAAUCCCCUGUGUCCCUUGGAAUAAAACAAGAGACAACAUAUGAAGUUCAUGAUAUGAAGGCUAGCCACUAUCAGCCUGCUCAGUACUUAGAGGGAACUACUUUAAUACCUUCAAGGACUUCUGAGAAAUCAGAAGGUAACCAGAGAGUUGAGGAGGAACCUGUGAACAGACGGCGACCAAAAUCUGCUCCUGUUUUAAGACCAAGCAAACUUGCUCCCUUGAUUAUCUCUGGACCGUCCCCUCAGGAAAAUAUUGACCCCCAAUCGCACUAUGAGAGUCAUGCAUCUUGCUCCCCUAUUCUCAAGUACAAUUCAAGUGAAGAACGCCUCUCUUUGGAACUACACGAAUGGCACCAAAAUGCACCGAAACGCGCUCAUAGGCACAGUAGUGGCUAUGUACCAGUAGUCUAUAAUAGCCCACCAUCAGCAGGCAAUUUACAGAGAAAUUUUGUGCCUUGUCCAGCUGUGACAGCUGUCCUGCGAAAUCCAAACGUUCCUUUCUUCACAGUUCGAAGUCGUAUGGUCCACAGUAGCAACUAUCCUUCCAUGGCUAGUCAGAUGUGCUAUCCCCAACAGCAGCAUAGUAGGGCAAGAAACCAUUCACCAACUGAAAGCUUUAAUGGUUCUCCACGGACCCGGCAUAGGCCUCAGAGUGCAAUUUGCUUUCCAGAAUCUGUGCAUGCCUUUGACAGUUUUAGCCCACAACAUCACACACAUCAUAGCUUGGAUCUGACUGGCCCAGACCACAAACACUCAAGUGACUUGUUGGAGUCCUCUAGAAGCACAACAUCACAUGGAACACAGUCUCUACCAGCCAGUGCGCGUAUUGCAGGUUCAUCAAACAGCUUGGCUUUUGCUCCGAGUAAAAGUGGACGGAUUCGAAUCCCUUCAAAUACCCGUUACCCACGAUUGACUACAGGCUCGGACAGAGGUUCUGAGCGUAGCAGCCCCAGUUUGAUUACGCCCCCACAGUCACCAAUGAACCUGGAGACGACAUCAUUUGGUAGCAGCCAAUCACAGAGUUCAAUUUCUUCUCUGACUAAGAUCUCCAUUAGUCCUGUGUCAACAGGAGAAUACAGGAAAGACAGGCCCUAUCUACAAGAACCCCGUCAUGUGACAGUACAGAAAGGAACUGAACCACUUGGAAUUUCAAUCGUGAGUGGAGAAAAUGGAGGGAUAUUUGUUUCCAAGGUAAUUGGUGGAAGUAUCGCUCAUCAAGCAGGACUUGAAUAUGGUGACCAGUUGCUUGAGUAUAAUGGCAUAAAUCUGAGGAACGCCACUGAGCAACAGGCCCGGUUAAUUAUUGGACAGACAGAGCCAUGUGAGACUAUCACCAUCUUGGCCCAAUAUAACCCACAUAUGUAUCAACUGGGUAACCAUUCACGUUCCAGUUCUCGACUGGAGCCAAUAAGUAACCAUUCGACCCCCCAGGGUAGUGGAGCAACAACACCCGACAAUCACUCUAUGAUUGAUGCUGUGAGUGAACAGGAUGAAGGGACAAUAACCCCUCCAUCGAAGCAAACCACCCCAACUACUAGUCCACGUGACUCAAUCAGAAAGUCAAUUGAUUCAAACAACCAAAUUGCUGAACCGCGAUUCCUUUUCCUAAAGAAAACCCAAAUGGAAUUAGGGAUCCAAAUUUGUGGUGGAAACCUAUAUGGAGUAUUUGUGGCAAAGGUGGACGAUGACAGUCCAGCAAAUGGCCCUGAUGGGCUGAUUCCCGGGGAUAAAUUGUUGGAGUACAAUGGCACCGAUAUGCGGAAUGUGACGGCUGAGCAGGCCUAUGUCGAAAUGCUGAAACCCACAGAAACUGUCUCUGUGAAGGCUCAGUACAGAAUAGAGGAAUUCAACAAGAUCAGAAAUGAAGUCGGAGAUGGUUUCUAUAUCAGAGCACUUUACGAUCGAGUUGCUGAAGUAGAGCACGAUUUAAGUUUUAAGAAGGAUGAUAUCCUUUACGUUGAUGACACACUGCCGCAAGGAAACUUUGGUUACUGGAUGGCCUGGCAAUUGGAUGAAAAUGCUCAGAAGUUGGAAAGAGGACAAAUCCCCAGCAAGUACAUGAUGGAUCAGGAAUUUUGCAGAAGACACAGUAUGUCAGAGGUCAAGGAUGAAAAUGGCUCGGUGAAGACACUGUCAGCAGCAGCCCGAAGAUCAUUCUUCCGGCGAAAUAAAAAACAUAAACGGAAUAACUCGAAAGAUGGAAAGGAGAUGUUGGCUCUUGAUGCCAUAAGCACUGAUUCUAUCCCAUUGUUGGAAGAUUGUGGAAGUCUGGCUUAUCAAAGAGUGCAGAAAAUAGAGUGCACCUCACCAAGGCCUGUGCUUAUUUUGGGACCAUUAGUGGAUGCUGUGAAGGACAUGUUAGUUAAAGAUUCCUCUGGAAAAUUCUGCAGAUGCCCACUAGAGGUUAUGAAAGCUUCCCAGCAGGCCAUUGAGCGAGGAGUUGCAGACUAUCUCUUCAUUGAUUACAAGAGGAGGAGUGGCCAUUUUGAUGUCACAACUGUUGCCUCCAUUAAAGAAAUAACCGAGAAGGACAGCCACUGUUUACUUGAUAUUGCACCACAUGCCAUUGAGCGUCUACACCGAAUACACAUCUAUCCAAUCGUUAUAUUCAUACGGUACAAAAACUUGAAACAAAUCAAAGAGCAAAAGGAUCCAGUGUUUCUGCGGGACAAAGGUACACAAAAAAAACAUUCCAAGGAACAGUUUGAGGCUGCUCAGAAGAUUGAACAGGAAUAUACCAAGUUUUUCACAGGUAUUGUCCAGGGCGGCAGCCUGCCCUACAUUUGCACUCAGAUCAUGACAAUUGUUGAUCAAGAACAAAACAAAGUCUUGUGGAUUCCAGCUGGAACACUCUAGGAUCGCACUUGGGCAACUCAAACUUCCUUUGCUGUAAAAGUGUGAAACCUGACAAUUGCCGUAUUGAGUACACAAUCUGAAGAUUGCAAAUUACACAGAACAGGCAAUGUACUUAUAGUGAACAGAAAAUGAAUCUCAUUCUGAGGGUGUUGGGUCAAACCUUUUUAAAUACACAUUGACCUGGCAUCUGCUGUACUCUGGCAUUGUUACAAAAAUACCCUUCCAAUUGGAUAUAUUCGGGACUGAUUUUAAAAUAUUUUAUUCUACCUUCUUUCUCCACUCCCCCAAAUAAAAUUUGAAAUAAAAGUGAUGCUGCAACUAAAACUUAGAACACACGUUUACAAGUAAUAUUUCCUGAGUAUUUGUUUUAAAUGUUUACUUGAAUGUUUAUAUCCUUAUCUCUUAUUCUUUGUAUUUUGGAUAAGACAACUCUUCUGAAUGGGGUGAAGUUUGUGCAUGCAUACAGGCGUGCUUAGCUGGUUACAUGCUCGCGUCCUGUGAUUCUACUGGCAGAUUAAACCUAAUAAAAUUGGUACAGAGUGAUCAUGUAUGUGGGAAAAGAUAUUGUGAUUGGUACUGUUUGGAGUGGACUAUGAACUUUCGUGCACUCCUUUAAAGGGCAGACCACUGCAUUUUUGUUUUUGUCUGUUGAAAAUAUAUUUUUCUGCAUGGAUCUUGAUAUUUAAGCAGCAUAAUGUAUCUGAUCAUAUUGUAUAAACUAAUACCUUAAUUGUUGGGCCUAAUGAUAUGUAGCAAGGGGUAAAGAGCUAUUAGCUAGGCCUGGCAUGCUGAUAUGACACUUUCUAAAAGCUGUAUAUAUUGAAGAAACUCAUCUUGGUGCAAUUUUGCAGUAUAUGUUGAGCUUUUUUUUAAAUUCAGAGUGUGUAGCAGUCAGAUUUAUUUAACUUUGAAACACUAUUUCCCUUGCUUGGAGAUUUUGUCGAAGUAAAUGUAGUUUUGAGGCACAGUAAGUAAUUGUAGAGUUGCCACUGUCUGGAAAUUGGUCAUUGGAUCUGCAAUGCAAUGUCUAUGUUAUGUUGUCCACCCCCAACCCCCACUCCUGUCCCCAAUAUAUUGUGCCAAAUUGUCAACAUUAAUAUCAUCUUUUCACAUUGCACUUGUGAAUCCUGUAUGCCUAACACAGGAUAAUUGCUUUUGGUCCUCCAGUUUGUGUUAUUUUUAAGUGUAGUUUCCUCCUGUACCUACAGUCUUCAAUGUAUAAAGAAACACAAGACUGUUCCUUACAUUUCAUGAAUUGCCUGGUGCAUGAGAACCUUUCAUACAUUCAAUGAAACUACUAAUUUUUUUUAAAAUUCUAUAGUAAAAAGGGAUGUUUUUAAAGAACAAAAGGUUGUUUGACAUUUUAACGACUUGGUUUUUUUUUAAAAAAACACUUUUUAAAUUAGAAUUAGCGCCAGAAGUAGCAUUGGGCAAGGUUUUUCACUUGACUUCACAUACUGCAGGUAUGUAGAGCAAUUCGAUUACUUCUAUAACAGUUUGAUCUAGCAAUGAGGAAGUUUCCCUUUUACAUUCAAAGCGCCCAAUCAUACUGUUGGAUUUUUCAUUUUGGCUCAACAUAUAGAUCCAACUGAUCCAGUGACUUGAUCCCUACCCACCUCCUGCCAGUGUACGUUGUUGAAGGCACAGUCAGAGUGUGACAGAAAUGGUACAGAGCAAACAGGUACUGAUGGUUUUUUUCUGUGCUGAAAAAAGAAUGUUACUUUGUAUCAAAUGUAAAGCAAUUGAUUAGUACAAGAAUAAAGGUCAAUUUCUGAUA